GGCAAGAAUCUUCGUAGGAAGGAAGAAGAAAUAAUGAUUGAGUAGACGCUGAUACUCACGACGACUUACUUUUUUUGAACCAUCAUAGUCACCGCCGUCCCCUAUAUUUCUUACACGACACGUUUUCCUUCUUACUCUAUUUUUCUAGUUCUAUAUCUUCAGCUCCUUCAAAGUUCAAACCGAAAAAAUAAAAACUACGUGAGGGAAAUAAUGUCUGACACAGAAGGAGGCCAGCAAGUUGAUGAGUUUCAGCCACAUCCUGUUAGAGUUCAACUUCCUGGCGUCGACAACUGCGCUUCGAGCUCUCCUUCAUGGCCUGAAGCGGUUUUUCUUGGGUUUCAGCACUACUUGGUAAUGCUUGGAACAACUGUUCUCAUUCCAACCAUACUUGUCCCAUUGAUGGGUGGUGGCAAUAAAGAGAAGGCUGAAGUGAUAAAUACUUUGCUCUUUGUUGCGGGCUUAAACACGCUCACUCAAACUCUGUUUGGCACUCGGCUUCCAGUUGUGAUGGGUGGUUCAUAUGCUUUCAUUAUUCCAACUGUCUCCAUUGCCAUCUCUAACAGAUUCGACAUUUGUAUUGAUCCUCAUCAGAGGUUUAAACAGUCCAUGAGAGCUAUACAAGGGGCACUCAUUAUUGCAUCACUUUUUCAUAUGAUCAUUGGUUUCUCUGGCCUCUGGAGAAUUUUUGGAAGAUUUCUGAACCCUCUUGCCAAAGUUCCUUUGGUAACUCUUACUGGACUUGGGUUCCAUCCUCUACGUUUCCCUCAGCUGGCAAAAUGCGUCGAAAUUGGACUUCCAGCAUUGGUGAUUUUGGUUCUCGUAUCUCAGUACAUUCCCCAUAAGUUGAAAUCCAGAAAAGGCACGAUUGAGCGAUUCGCCGUCCUCUUCACCGUCGCUGUUGUAUGGGGAUAUGCUGAAAUUUUGACUCUAGCUGGGGCAUAUGAUAGAAGAUCCCUAAAAACUCAAUUAAGUUGUCGUACUGACCGUUCUGGACUCCUUAGUGCUGCUCCAUGGAUAAGGAUUCCAUAUCCAUUUCAGUGGGGUCGUCCCAGUUUUAAUGCCGGUGAUUCUUUUGCAAUGAUGGCUUCUUCUUUGGUUGCUAUUAUUGAGUCUACAGGCACUUUUAUUGCAGCAUCAAGAUACGGAGGCGCCACUCCUAUUCCGCCUUCUGUACUUAGCCGUGGUAUUGGUUGGCAGGGAAUAGGUAUACUGCUUGAUGGUGUUUUUGGCACAGGAAGUGGCACCACUGCUUCGGUUGAGAAUGCAGGUCUUUUGGGAUUAACACGAAAUGGAAGUCGAAGAGUCGUUCAAAUAUCUGCUGGAUUUAUGAUUUUCUUCUCUAUAUUAGGAAAAUUUGGGGCUGUUGUCGCUUCUAUACCAUUACCAAUUGUGACAGCUCUGUACUGUGUCUUCUAUGCCUAUGUGGGUUCUGCUGGGUUGAGUUUCCUACAGUUUUGCAAUCUAAACAGCUUCAGGACUAAGUUCAUUUUAGGCUUCUCUCUUUUCAUGGGGCUUUCUGUGCCACAGUACUUCAAUGAAUAUAUAGUGACUUCUGGUCAUGGCCCAGUACACUCUGGCUCAACAGCGUUCAACAACAUAUUUCAAGUGAUUUUCUCGUCCCCAGCCACAGUUGCAAUUAUAGUUGCUUACAUCUUGGACUGCACUCACAGCGUUACGGACUGUGAAACCUGGCGAGAUAGUGGCAGGCACUGGAUUCGGUUCUGGUAUUUCGAACUACAUUCAAGGAGCAAGGAGUUCUAUGCGCUGGCCUUCAGACUUGAUAGGUUCUUCCCUUCAAGCUAGAUUGGCAUAUCAGAUGAAGAGCUUCAAAUUUGGUAAACAGAAAUAUUGAAAUUCUUAUGCUACGCAAUUAUUUUGUUGGGGAUUAUGCAUUUUAUGCUAUUCAGCUAAUCAAUGAUAUGGAUGAAGGCUAAUAACUUUUACAACAGCA